AUAUUUAAAGUAUAACACUAAUUUCACAUACCCAUGUUAGGGGUAGAUUCGUCAUUCUCUUCCAUCGUCACUCUCUUCAAUGACUCUCUCUCUCUCUCUCUCUCUAUAUAUAUAUAUAUAUAUUCACAACCUUCACUUCCAUGGCCGCGUGCUUCAGUUUCCACUCUGAUACCACCCCACCUAUUCAUUUAUUUCUCAACGGAUCUCACCUCAAAAUGCGCACCACCGCCGUUCGGUGCUUAUCCAUUUUACUGAUUCUCGCCGUUUCCUCGGCCGUUCAUGCCUGCCCACCCUCGGAACGGGCAGCUCUUCUGGCUUUCAGAGCUGCCCUUCAUGAGCCUUAUUUAGGAAUCUUUAACUCUUGGACUGGAGAUGACUGCUGUAACCGAUGGCACGGUAUUAGCUGUGACCAGGUCACCCACCGGGUUGCUGAUAUUAAUCUCCGGGGAGAAGCUGAGGACCCCAUUUUCGAACGGGCUCACCGUACUGGUUAUAUGACCGGUUAUAUUUCUCCUGAGAUCUGCAAGCUUACUCGUCUUUCUAGCGUUAUUAUCGCCGAUUGGAAGGGCAUCACCGGCGAGAUUCCGAGAUGUAUAACUUCUUUGCCGUUUCUCAGGAUUCUAGACCUUAUUGGUAACCGUCUUUCUGGCGACCUUCCGGCGGAUAUUGGUCGACUCCGUCGACUCACGGUUUUGAACGUUGCGGAUAAUUUGAUUUCCGGUUCGAUUCCAUCGUCGCUUACGGCGCUUACGAAUUUGAUGCAUCUGGACCUCCGAAACAACAAAUUCUCCGGUCGUUUACCCCGAAAUUUCGGGAAUCUGAGGAUGUUGAGCAGAGCUUUACUUAGCCGAAACCAAUUCUCCGGUUCACUUCCCGAUUCCAUUUCAAAGAUCUACCGACUCGCAGACCUGGAUCUUUCUCAAAACCAACUAUCCGGUGUAAUCCCGAGUUGGAUAGGAAGAAUGGCGGUCUUAGCUACAUUGAAUCUUGACGGCAACAAAUUCUCCGGAAGCAUUCCACCGAGUAUUUUAGUUUCGGGAAUAAGCGAUUUGAAUCUAAGCCGAAACUACCUAACCGGAAACUUACCGGAUGUUUUCGGGCAAAGAUCGUACUUCACAGUUCUUGAUUUAUCGUACAACAACUUGAAAGGACCCAUCCCGAAAUCAGUAUCGGAAGCUUCAUAUAUCGGACAUUUGGAUUUGAGCCACAACCAUCUUUGUGGUCCGAUACCGACCGGAGCACCAUUCGAUCAUUUAGAAGCAGCAUCGUUUGUUUUCAAUGACUGUCUUUGUGGGAAGCCGCUGAAAGCUUGUUAGACAAAAAUUUGGUUUCUACUAAAACCUUAUAAUUGUUAUUAUCAUUAUUCAUGUUUGUAUUAUUAUGUAAAACAAAAAGAUGUUUAAAAACUUUUACUUUUCAAAAA